GAAAACCGAUUCGCGAUUAAAAAUGUGUGACUCAACGGAUACUUACGCCCAAAAGCUAGGUUAUCUGACACUCGAGAAUGACACUAGCGGACGUUUGGGGUCUCGACCCGAGGCUCAAGUCCCAAGAUCCUCAGCCUCGAAGAGUUUCGUCGAGUCCACUGACACCUGUCCUGCCGACUACAAGAUGUACGAACGUGACAACAUGGCUAGAUUCGCUGUUCCGAAACCCCUCGAGAAUCAUGUCCAGACUCGUCCAAAUCAAGCUCCGGUCUACGAAAACAUCGACUACUACCCUCAGCAACCUCAAACCUAUCCUCCCUAUUACCAUCCCGUCGAAUCGAGAAAGAGUCCUCGGAACAGUCCCCGAGGUUCCCUCGCCGAAUCGUACGACGGAGGCUUCAGGAAGGCCCAGCCCCAGGUGCCGGCAGGAAAUCGUUACCAUUCCUCCUCCCCCGCGAAGGAACUCCCUCCCUACGAGGCUCCUCCGGUCUACGAAAACAUCCAGGAAGUCCACUUUCAAGAUUCCAAUCGUCCGGGUCCUCAGAUUCCCCCGAAUUAUUACCCGGCAAAUAUCAAUGGCGGGGACUAUGUUGUUAUGACGGGGAAAUCCCAAGGGCAGAGAAAUACCCAAGGACUGGGCUCUUCCUAUCAGCAGAGAGCUCGAGGACCAAGUUACGACGGUUCCAGUUUGCAACGUUCUUGCUCCGAAAAUCCGCCCUGCUUGAGGUAUUUGCCGGGGAGUAACUCGUCUUUCGUUGAUAGCCAGUCUGGCAGAAAUGCCUACGUUCCACCUUCUGAGCUCCAGCGGGGUCAUCAACAAAUUACAAACUAUAGUUACCAGGCCGAUCAGCAGCAACAACAGCAGCAGCAACACUCGCCGAGAUCGAGUUUGCCUUAUCACAGCGAAUCGCCGCCUAUCAGGCUACCACCGGAGCCACAUCCUUAUCAUAGAGGCUCUUUGGCUGAUAACACGACGACAAAUCAGGCAUACCGUCAGAGUCAGAUUGAUAGCAGCAAUCAGCAAGGUCAGUUUCGUCAGGAGAGCUCACAAUCCUACAAGUAUGCCGAACCUACGAGAAAUUCCAACUCUAGUUAUCAUGGUGAUCCCCAACCGAGGAAUUCCCCUGGAUAUGGCGGCCCCUCUAAUCGAACCGGGGAAGCCCCCAUCUGUAGGAAUUCCCAAUGCUACUCGCCAAUUAGAGGCUCGAUGCCUCAAAAUGAAAGGAAUUAUCACUCUCAGGAAAAUCGAGGAGAUUUUCCAUCUAGAAACUCGUCAAUAUAUUCCUCGAAUCGUUCAGCCGAGAUGCGUCUCGGAUCAUCCCAAAAUGAAAGAAAUUUUUUGCACGAUGGCUCGACGGAGCCAUCUGAACGAAGAAAUUCCCCCCUCUAUUCGGCAAGUCGUGGCGAUGCUUCGAGACAAAACAUGCCACACAAUAACGGCGGCGGUGCGAGAAUUUCGCCAAAAGAAAGUCCCACACAUCCGAUCUUGCCGGAAAUGGGACUGGUCUCGUCAAUUUCGUCAGCGGCUCCAAUGGGGAUGAAUCCUCUCCGCGGCCAGGUGCAUGCUCCUGUUAUGAGUGCCGCGACUGCUUCCGGAGAUGAGCUUGGUAUCCAUGGACCUAGAAUUACAAGCCUUCCACCAGGUGUUACGAGUGGCGUUGCCGGUCCUGUAUUUCUCAAUGCCGGCGUGCCAAUUCUCCAACGAGCGACCGAACCAAAACCGGAACUUCAAUCAUCCGUCAGUCCUCAGAUGAAACAUGUGCCGGGCAAAGGACUCUUGCCCUACAAUGUCACUCCGCCCAGACCUUCGGGACCCACGGAAGCUGAAAGAAAAAUCGAAGAGUUGACGCGACAGUUGGAGGAAGAAAUGGAAAAGCAAGAAGAAGAGGGAGAAUACUUUGGUAUUUGUCACACGUGUUCUGAUAAAGUGACUGGAGCCGGACAGGCUUGUCAAGCAAUGGGGAACCUUUAUCACACCAACUGUUUUAUUUGCUGUUCCUGUGGGAGAGCCUUACGUGGAAAAGCUUUUUACAAUGUUCACGGAAAAGUUUAUUGCGAAGAGGAUUAUCUUUAUUCUGGAUUUCAACAAACUGCCGAAAAGUGUGCGAUUUGCGGUCAUCUUAUUAUGGAAAUGAUAUUACAAGCAAUGGGAAAAUCCUAUCAUCCGGGGUGCUUUAGGUGCUGCGUUUGCAAUGAAUGUCUUGACGGCGUGCCUUUUACGGUAGAUGUGGACAAUAAAAUAUAUUGUGUCAAUGAUUAUCACAGGAUGUUUGCACCAAAAUGCGCCUCUUGUGGCAAAGGAAUUACACCUGUUGAGGGAACGGAAGAAACCGUUCGAGUGGUAUCGAUGGACAAAGACUUCCACGUGGACUGCUAUGUGUGCGAAGACUGCGGGAUGCAAUUGACCGACGAACCUGACAAAAGAUGUUACCCUCUGGAUGGUCGAUUAAUGUGCCGAGCCUGUCACAUUCAGCGCAUUUCUCACACACAACCCAGAGCUCCUCAGCCCGUAUCAGCUAGUUACCAAUUCAUGGGUUAAAAAUCAUCAAUUCAUGAUGAGUAGUACUUAGAUAUUAGAAACUGCGCAAGGGACAAACUCGUCCCCGAAAAUGAUGACAAACUUCUUUAUUUCUUUCUUUUUGGGCUUCUUUUUUUUCUCGAGAAUAUUACGAGUCGGUCUGGUGGGAAAUGAACCGCAUAUUCCGAGAAUUUUUUUUUCUAUUUAUACGAAACUGAUUUGCUCAAGAGUUUCAGCAUGUGGCCUAAUAUUUGGUUCACUUAGAGCUCUUGCUAUUUAAAAGAGACUGAAAAACGUUCCAACCAGUGCGAACAAAAAAUUCACCGCGAAAGAGUUUUUAGGCAUCUGGUGUUGAUUUUUUUUAGCAAUGACUGCAAUUUUCAAAGGAGAAUUUAGUGAAAAAUAUUGUUUCUUUCUGAGGAUUUUUAAAGGGAUUACGAAAGUUUUUUUGUUGACUCGAUUUUAUUAUAAGAAUCGUUUUUGCAUUCUGAUACGAGUAUUUUUAGAAAUUAUUUUAAAAAGGGAUAUUUGGGAAGUUAUUGUUGCAUACAAGUUCCAUAUGAUAUUAUUGUUUAAAUAUAUUUUAUAGAAAAAAAAAAAUUAGAAUGUUAUCAUAUCUAGCAAUGCAUCUCUACAUUAAAUAUUGAAAACUCUUUUUCAAAGUAUGAUAAUCAAAAAUGUUACAUGAUUGUUAGAGUUUAGGAGAAUUGAAACGAAACAUCAUGUUUAUUGCGCCUGCUACGAUUUCUUUAAUAUUCAAAACGAAUCUCUUGAUGGUUUCAUUACUUUUAUUUAUUAAUUCAGAGUGGCUCCUAGAACGGGGAAAAUCGGGAAAUAAGAGUGAAUUUAUCUUCUGCCUGAAAUAUCACAAAUCUUAUAUGA